AACUCCAUACCGUACAACAAAUAUUUUUACAAGAGUAGGUAACUUGAGCAUAAAGAGUAACAUAACUAAAUUCUACUUGGAACUGUGCUUUAGUAAACUAGGCCUAUAUCCUGCUCAAUUAUAAACUUCCUAUUGCUUGAAAUUUCUAAAAAAGUGCCCUAUAUGGGUGUCUGUCAAUAAAUCUUCAUGAUUUAAAUAGGUAGUUCUUUUUCAGAUGAAUAUCUUUUCAAAUGGCAAUAAAAUACGGUGCACCUUUUUCCAAAUUUAUGAAUCUACAGUAAUCAAUUGAUCGCUUGGAAAGAUCAUUAAAUAUCUGGUUUGUUCAUACUAAUUUAAAAUUCACAUCACUUCUAGAAAAGCUCAUACACUGCAACCUGUGGGAGUAAAAUAAUAUAGGCUACAUCGACUUUUGUGAUAAACAUUGAUCAGUACGGUACUGUAUGGAUUUUAAUAACCUACACAACCCAUACCAAACCUAACUAACUUAAUUGUCAGAAGCCCAUAAAUAUAGUGCACUACACCAAAAUUGUUGUUUAUUAUAUUACUCAUACUAUAUUAUGUCAUAAACUAUCUUAUUACGUGUUGAAUCAAUUGGCUGUUGACCUUAUUUAUUCCUAUCUUACAAAAAGAGUACCGUACAGUAUGUUUUAAAAAAUUGGCGAGUAUUAUAGAGGUGGAAUAGUCAAAUACGGUGUGCCACAAGGUUCCAUUCUUGGUUCACUGUUAUUCAUUGUUUAUAUUAAUGAUUUGCCUAAUAUUAUUGAUUCUUGUAAUGACGAUAGUGCUUCGUAUUUGUUUGCAGAUGACUUAGGUUUGAAAGUGGCUAAUAAGAAUAAGGAUCAUUUGUAUUCUAACACAUUGAAUAAUACCUCUAAAAUUGAAGAUUGGUGUGCAGCAAACAAUCUGAGCAUUAAUUCCACAAAAACAGAGGAUAUAACUUUGAGCUUUGACAGAAAAAUUAAUGACAUAAACUCAAUUAAGCCUAAGUUUCUUGGCGUGAGAAUUGAUACUAACCUGACUUAAUGUCAUAUAGGCUAACAUAUAUUUAUAAAAAAAUCAACAAGGGCAUCUUCCUUUUACGUAGAUUAUGUAAUAUUGUAGAUAUGUCUGUUUUAAUGAGUGUUUAGUUUGCCUUUAUUCAUAGCCUUAUGCUAUAUGGAAUCCAGCUGUGGGGAAAUGGCUCAACUACAGACAUCUUGUUUAAACGUCAAAAGAAAGCAGUGAGAAUAAUUUACCGCAAGGCUCCUCGUAAUCCAUGCAAAUUAUUAUUUAUUAAACUCGGACUAUUAACUCUGCCAUCUUUGUGUGUAUUGCCAUGCUUGAUUUCAGUGAAGAAAACUGAAAAUCAAUAUGAUGUUAACUCUAGUAUACACCAACAUAACACUAGAAAUAGGAAUAAUAUAAGAGUCGAGUAUUGCCAGUGUACAAGUUCCCAAAAAAACUGGCAAUACAUGUCAAUAAAACUUUAUAACUCUUUGCCUGAAAAUAUCAAAAGAAUGAGCUUUAAUAGUUACUGUAAAUAUUUAAAAAAGUAUUAGUCAAUGAAAGUUGAAGAUUUCUUUGUAAUAGAUUUUUAAACUGAUGUUUCUGUGUUAUUAAUGACGUUGUUGUAACAUUUUAAUGUUGUGUGACAAUAAAUGAUUUGAUUUUGAUAUUAUUUAACGCAUAGCCUAAGUUAAAUUGUGUACGGUAUAUAAAAUCAUUUUAUUUCAAUUUACUUCCCAAAGUGCUAUUCCCAACAACUUUUCUCCUCUGCGCGGCUAGAGCCAUCGCUAAGGGAUUACGCCUUUAGUGAACAAUUGUAGAAACCAACUGAUUAACAACUUCUAAACUUGAAUUAUUCUUCUUUAUAGAAUGAAGUGCAAGAAUAUUCCGGCUGAGUUCCAUCGUGAAAGAGUUGGCGUUGCAUCUAGUGCAGAUGCUCGAUUCACCCAUAACAAGAUCGAAGAAUGGAUUGAUAAUCUUGAUAUUCAUGCUUAUGGCAGGCUCUAUCUUGAAAUAGUAGAUGCUCCUCCAGUGCUCGAUUUGGAUUUUCUAUCAAUACUAAGCUUGAAGCUUUGGCUUUUCCACUGAAAGUUAUGCUCAACGCUAGUGGAAGGGGAAU